AUGCAGCAUGAAGGGAGGAUGAAACCACCAAAGGAUGUGUCUGAGGAGCGGAAAAUUCCCGAAUUCCCUCGGACAUAUGCUAAGAUUUUGCCACCUAAAUUACCGCUGGAAGUUCACUCGAGUAGGGUUAAUGAGUUCAUCAGUGUGACCAAAUAUCUUCAAAAAGACGAGAUUGAGUUGAACGGGCUGGUAAGCGUUGCCCAAGAAAAUGGCCGUUUAGGUACCUGUGUCCUAGUUCGACAAAUGAGCAACGAAAGCCUCUACCGUGAAUUGAGGAUCCUGGCUCAGUUCCGCCGACAGCGCUAUUUUCCCAAAACAAUUGAGAUCUUCUUCUCAGGUUCCAUGGUGGAUGUUGUGUGUGAAUAUGUGGAUCUAAAUCUUCUACACAUCUCUGAGAGCUUGAGAAUUCCCACGGAGAAGGAGCUCGCUGCCAUUGGAGGACAGGAAAGUCUCCUAUACAUGCCAGUGCCCUUCCACGUACUGAUAAAACGCAGUUGA